AGCACGGAAAAUGUCCAAUAUUCUGCACAAAAUUGACAAAUUGUACAGUUGCUGAAGGGUCUCAUAUACGACUUAUAUGUACUGCGAUUGGACAACCAGAGCCCCAAGUUUAUUGGACUAAAAAUGGAGAUCGAGUAAGGCCAAGUAGACGCGAACAAACUAAGUAUGAAAAUGGAAUGGCAACAUUAGAAAUUAUUUCCGCAGCGCUUGAGGAUUCUGGAUAUUACGCUUGCUUAGCAAAAAAUCCUUAUGGACAAGCAUCAACGGAAGCUACUAUAAGAGUUUAUCCAAUUUAUGACGCUUUAUCGGUGGAGCCCUCAUAUACAUCAAUUAGAAAUGAUAAAUAUAAAAUAAUGGAUAAACAAUCUAAUAUUUUUGGACAAUUAAUACCUUCAAUUUCAUGUCAAACAAAUGAACGAAUUCUUCGAGGUAAUCGUUAUAGAUCAUCUACACUUGGUCAUGGCAUUUUCCGUCUACAGACAUCUGAAUCUGAUAUUUCUAAUAACGCACACCAACACGGAGUUCGCUUUCAUGGAAAGGAAAAUAGUAAAAUUCCGUUAAAAAAUGACGAUUCGAUUUAUAAUCAAUUGUAUAAUACUGGAAGAAAACGAGAGGAACUUCCUCAAAUAUCUACUUCUCUUGCUGAUUACAAAGUGCCUGCAGGAGGAACAAUAGCACUACAAGUAGAAAUAAAAGAUUCCUUAGCACCUAAUGUUACGUGGCUUCGUCGUAAUGGAGAAAAGAAAGAACCAAUUUCAAGUCCGAAAACUUAUACCUUUUCUGAAUCUGGUGUUUACACUCUAAUUUUGCCUGAAGCAACUGAAUCCGAAGCUGGAACAUAUGUUUGUCGUGUAAGUAAUGCUUAUGGCCACGUUGACACAAGUACAACAGUCGAAGUAAUUCCGUUAAGUAAAUUUGAUGAUUUGGGAAAGCCAGCAGCAUUUGUUUCACAACCUACGGAUAAAACAGUACAUGUUACGGAUGGGGAAGCUGCAUCCAUAUCAUUUCGAGUUAGUGGCAUUCCAAAGCCUAAAGUUAUUUGGAUGAAAGGCAUAAAAGAUAUUUCGGAUGGGCCACGAACCCAUAAGGAGGCGAUUGACGAUUAUGUUAGAUUGACUUUGAAUAGAGUCAAUUCAGAUGACGAAGGAACAUACUGUAUUCUUGUAAAAAAUUGCUAUGGCUGUGAUCGAUCUUUCUUUACAUUGAAGGCAGAGGGCGAGAUCUUUGACUCCGACAUCUGA